GCGUCCCCCGAGGCGGCGGCCGCGGCGGAGGCCCAGCAGACGCUGCGCGAGCUCACGGAGGUGGUGGCCGAGCUCGGGGGCCUCGCGCACCGCGGCGCGCGGCUGCUGCGGCGGGCCGAGGCCGCCCGCACGCGCGCGGGGGCCGACCUGGACUCGCUCUGCGCGCACGCGGCCCGCCUGCGCACGGGGCCCCCCGCUGGGGCGCGCACGUCGGCGUCGGGCGCUCCCAUUCGAGUUCGGUAG